AUGGAGAGUAAAUACAAGGAAAUACUGUUAUUAAUGGGCCUGGAUAACAUCACUGUUGAGGAACCGGAUAGGUUUAUUUUCUUUCUUCCAGAUGAGUUUAAGAUUGCCAUGGGCAAACUAGAAAUUGCAAAAAGGACAGAUUCAAAACACUGUUUCCAGAAGUUGAAGUAUGUGUACCUAGAAAAAAGUCUUCAGGAAGAGAAGGAGAAAGGUAAUGAGGAAUUUACUUGCAGUGACCGUGAACACAGGACUUCAACGUUAACUUCUCAAAGCACCAUUUACGCAGUAUGUAAUGCUCUCACAUUUUAUCCAAGGCUUGAAGAUAAAGAAAUUAUAGCCCUGAAAAUUUAUAAACCG